AUGACAAUGGAAUAUGAAUUUCCAGCAAAAUUUGAUAUCAUUAUAGUUGGUACAGGAAUAGUGGAAUCAAUAUUGUCUGCAGCAGCAAGUCGAAUUGGAAAACAAGUACUUCAUAUCGAUGAAAAUGAAUAUUAUGGAGGCCAAUGGUCCUCUUUUAAUUUGGAAGCGAUAUUGAAACUCAAGGAUAAUACUACAUUGGAAAAAGAUAACAGCUGUAUUUCAGAAGAAUCGAAUUUAUAUCAUUUUGGAAACAAUAUAUAUGAUAUAAAAGAUAUAGAGUAUAAAUUUCAUGUGCUAUCAAAUGUUACUAAUGAAGAUGUAAUUGACGAAGGAAAAGAAGUUGAAAAUAAUCCAUCGGAUGAAAUAUGGUCAGAAGACAGUCUAUUGAAAGUAUCUCGAAAAUUCAACAUUGAUUUAGUGCCAAAACUUCAAUAUGCAAGAGGAGACUUUGUUGAAUUAUUAAUAUCUUCAAAUAUAGCCCGUUAUUCCGAAUAUAGAAGUGUUAGCCGGAUACUUACAUGGUAUAAUAAUAAUUUAGAAUUCCUACCGUGUUCCCGAUCCGAUGUUUUUGCUAAUACCAAAGUAUCUGUAGUAGAAAAAAGAAUUUUAAUGAAGUUAUUUACUUCUGUAAACUCCGAAGAAACUGAAAACUAUGAAAAUAAAACCUUCAAACAAUUUUUAACAGAUAAGAAGUUGACUCCAAAUCUAAUUCAUUAUGUCUUAUAUGGUAUAUCAAUGAGUUCAGAGGAUACUCCAUGUGAAAAAGGUAUCCAAAGGGUGAAAAGAUUUUUAAAUAGUUUAGGAAGAUUUGGAAAAAUGCCAUUUUUAUUUUCCAUGUACGGCAGUGGUGAGAUACCUCAAGCAUUUUGUAGACUUAGUGCUGUUUUUGGUGGUGUUUUUGCUUUAGCACAAUCCCUACAAGGUUUUAACGUAUCAGAAAAUAAAUUUAAAUCAAUUAAAAUAAGAGAUAAAAAGAUAGAAGCUGAGAAUUUGGUGAUGGGAAUUAAAAAUGUACCUAAACAAUUUCUUAGAUCAAACAAAAUUGAGUAUAUUUCUAGAUGUGUAUUAAUAACCCAACAAUCUAUUUUGAAAAGUGAAAAAGAACAUUUAACAUUAAUGUUUUAUCCACCAGAAAAUGGAAAACCAUUUGUAACUUUGAUAGAAUUAGGAAGUCUUACUGGUACAUGCCCAAAAAAUUUGUUCCUUGUUCAUUUAAUAGCAAAACAAGUUAAUUCCCCAAAAGAAGAUUUUUCUACUCUUAUAGAAAAUUUAUUUACACAAAAUCGUGAAAAUUUAUCAGAAAAAGAGAACAAAAAACCGUUAAUAUUGUGGUCAAUGUAUUUUUCUAUUCCAAAUUCUAAUAAUGUGGAAUUAGUUGAAGGUCUUCCUGGGAACAGUUUUGUUUGUCCUGGGCCAGAUACAGAUCUCGAUUAUGAUUUUUCUGUACAUGUGGCUAAGAAAAUGUUUGAAGAAAUAUAUCCUGAAGCGGAUUUUCUUCCUAGAGCACCAGACCCAGAGGAAAUAGUCAUAGGAGAUUAUGACAAUGAGGAAACUAGUGAAACUGAGCACAAAGUAGAUUAGAAGUAGUAAAAGAAAUAUCGUUCAGCUUCUUUGACAACUUUUCGUCUAACAUAAAAAAGUGUUUAUCCAUUUCUCAUAAUUUAUAUUUUCUAAACUGAACUUUGUUUUUGUGGUCUUAAUAAUUUAUUACUGUGAUAAUAUGCACCAAUUAUGGAAACUGUAUUCUAUAAAAAAGUUUUCAAAUCGACAUAUUUUUUGGUAUUUAAACUUUCUAUUUUUGCCCUUAGCAACCAAAUUUAUUAGUAUUAAAUUUUAUUUAUAAUUUUUCAGUUUGUUAAAACUUAAUAUUCAAUAAAUGUUUACCAAUUUUUGGCGAAA